GCUGAUCAGCCACAGAAAAAGUUUACUGUGUCAGCUCUAUUGCAGCUUGAAGCUAUAGCUUAUGUGGAUUCAGUUCUAGAUUUGGCUUCACAUUUUAUUACCCGAUUGAGACGUUACGCUAGUUUCUGUCGCACAUUGGCAAGUCAUGCUGUGACUGCAGGCACUGGGAGCAACCGAAAUAUGGUUGCUAGUCCUACCCAAAGUUCGGCAACACCUGCAACAAGUCAGGGAGGUCAAAAUGGGACCAGCAGCUCUAUGGGAAGUGCCCAGUUGCAAACCUGGGUGCAAGGGGCUAUUGCCAAGAUUAGCAACACAACUGAGGGAGGUUCCAAUCCAACUCCCAAUCCCAUCAGUGGCCCUUCAACAUUUAUGCCUAUUAGCAUCAAUACAGGAACAUUUCCUGGAACACCAGCAGUUAGACUUAUUGGGGAUUGUCAUUUCCUUCACAGACUAUGCCAACUUUUACUCUUCUGCUUUUUCUUUCGUCGAACACAACUUCCUCGUUAUAUGGGGUCUGCUAAUAGAACUUCUGAUGCAAAUACACAAAAGCCUCAAUCUAAUACUCCUGCCCCUGGCAAGGUGGAGGAGAUUGCAAAACCUGCUGUGGUGAAGUCUGAUGAUGGUCAGAGUGGUCGAGCUGGGCCUAAAGGAGCUGAAGAAGUACCUUCAGGUCGUUCCAGAUUGGGUAGUGGGAAUGCUGGUCAGGGAUAUACGUUUGAAGAGGUCAAGGUGCUUUUUAUGAUGCUUAUGGAUCUUUGCCGCAGAACAGCUGGGCUGCAACACCCAUUGCCAGUCUCUCAAGUGGGGAGCAACAACAUUCAGGUUCGGCUGCAUUAUAUUGAUGGAAACUAUACUGUACUGCCAGAGGUUGUGGAAGCAUCCCUUGGUCCUCAUAUGCAGAAUAUGCCCCGUCCUAGAGGUGCAGAUGCUGCUGGUCUUCUUCUACGCGAACUAGAACUCCACCCUCCAGCAGAAGAGUGGCAUAGACGGAAUAUGUUUGGUGGACCUUGGUCUGAUCAGGAAGAUGUAGAUUGUGCAAAUGAUGCACCUAAACUCGUUAAUUCUGACCCACUUGAUUUCAGCUCAAUGGAGAAUUCUGAUGUCUAUUAUGGAACUCAUCGUUUAUGGCCUAGGAAGCGCAGAAUGUCUGAAAGAGAUGCAGCUUUUGGCUUGAAUACUUCUGUGGGCCUGGGAGGUUAUCUGGGCAUAAUGGGAUCACGAAGAGAUGUUGUUACUGCUACAUGGAAGACUGGCCUUGAAGGGGUCUGGUACAAGUGUGUGAGAUGUCAGCGGCAGACCUCUGCUUUUUCUUCACCAGAUGGUCCUCCUUCUCUUAGUCCAACUGACCGGGAUGUCUGGUGGAUCAGCCGCUGGGUACAUGGCUGUCCAAUGUGUGGUGGAACAUGGGCUCGGGUUGUAUAAAUGGCUUACAGGAUACAUUUGUGGCUAUGAAAUGGAUCAGAUAGUAUACUUACGGGAGUUGUACAGGAAGAAAGGCGUAGAUUUGCGUAGUUUGACAUGGUGGUUUUCAGCAUUUGUUAUCAUCGACGUGACCAUACUAUCUUGGACUUGACUUGUUAUACUUCUGAUCACUCGGCUGGUUUUCUAUUGUUUUAAGAAUCAGUUUCUGAUCUCUUUUUUUGGGGGUGAUUUAUUGUCUAGUCACUCCACAAACAGGUGUUAGUUUGUCCAUGGAGUGUUAAUAGUUAACUCCUUGCAGAUUGUCAAUCCUCUGUAAAAACUGUCCUGCUUGCUGUGUCAUGCAUGCAUGCUGUGAUGCCUUGGCUGUAAGAAUGAGUGAGAAGUUGCUGCUGAUGAAUCAGAGAUUAAGAGCCGAUAUUAGUUGUCAAUCAUUAAGUCUGCAUAAAUUUCUUCAACUGUCUUCAGUUGUAUGUUGUAAAUGUUGCUCCCGAUGACAUUCUCAACGCUAGUGAGCAAAUAGUCUUUUGUCCAUCUGCCCAACACCAGCCAUGUAAUAGUUAGAUUAGCUUAAUUAUCCUCAUGAUCCCUGUAAAUUGAUGAACUUUUGAUAUUUUAUAUUGUGAUGCAUCAAAAGAAUAUAUAAUUCAAUGUACUGGACUGAU